AUGCUACAACGUCCAGAACAAUCCCAGCGUCAGUACCCCUGCCCAGCUCCUGGCUGCCGUCGACUCCUCAGCAACCCAUCCGGCCUUACGCAGCAUUUGCAUAGCAAGCACCGCACCCUACCUCCUCGCCCUUCUCCACCACCACCUCCUCCCCGUCUAAGGCCUUCUGACCCCCCGUUUGAUGCGGAUGGGGACCAUUUUGCGGACAACAACCCUUUUCAAGCAGACACGGGACAUGAACGUGAUGCGAGUGACGACAGCGGGGGUUCUUCAUUAGGAAAGAUUCGGCUAUUGCGUGGUGGGGGGGUGCGAGUACACCAUCGCUACUUGGAUGGUCGUCCGUGCGAUGGCGAUGGCAAUUUCCUGGGAUCAGCCGACACUCCGCCUGGGCCUCCCCCUCCUCCUCCUCCUCAAUCUCGCAAUGACUGGUCACCUUUUCAAGACAGGGUCGCGUUCGAAACCGCCGACUUUCUCUACACCCGCUCCCAAGCCCCGGUGGAUCAUAUCAACUUUCUCAUGCGCAUGUGGGGCUUGUCCCUCGAAAAGUACGGUGCCGACCCUCCGUUUGCAGAUCACACAAAGCUCCACAAGACAAUCGACGCCAUUAAGACUGGCGAUGUCCCGUGGUCCUCCUUUACGGUCUCCUACAAGGGUGCUAAGCCCACCCGCAAUGCGCCUGCUUGGAUGGACGAGUCGUACGAUGUGUGGUACCGCGACCCACACGCUGUUGUCCAGAACAUGCUCGCCAAUCCGGACUUCAAGGAUGUGUUAGACUAUAGUCCCUAUCGUGACUACGACGCUGCCGACGUUCGCCAGUGGGAGAACAUGUUCUCUGGUGAUUGGGCAUGGGAUCAAGCGAAUGAGAUAGCGUCGGACCCUUCAACGCAUGGCGCGACAUUUGUCCCUGUGAUACUCGGAAGCGACAAAACAACGGUAUCGGUUGCCACCGGCCAGACCGAUUACUACCCCCUUUAUCUCUCCAUCGGGAACGUCCAUAACACUGUGCGACGAGCCCAUCGCAACGCUGUUACCCUCAUUGGCUUCCUAGCUAUCCCCAAGACGGACAAAUCUCACAGCGGUGAUCCGGCAUAUCGACAUUUUCGGCGGCAGCUCUUUCAUUCGACGCUUGCCAAGAUUCUCUCCUCCCUGAAGCCCGGAAUGACCAACUACGAAGUCCUCCCCUUCAGCGACGGCUACCACCGCCGAGUCAUCUUUGGACUUGGACCCUAUAUCGCCGAUUACCCCGAGCAGGCACUCCUGUCGUGCAUAGUUCAGGGCUGGUGUCCAAAAUGUAUUGCCUACCGAGAUGAACUGGACACGGACGCCACUCUACGCUGCAAGGAGCACAACGACCUCCUUCUCGAAGAACUCGACUGGGGGACACUCUGGGACUCAUAUGGCGUGAUUGGCAAUGCGGUGCCGUUCACCAACGACCUUCCACGAGCCGAUAUCCACGAACUAAUCACCCCAGAUAUAUUACAUCAGCUGAUCAAGGGAACCUUUAAGGAUCACCUGGUCGACUGGACAGUGGCAUACCUAUUCAAGGUCCAUGCCAAGCCUGAUGCGCUGGCGAAACUGGACGACAUUGACAGGCGCAUCGCGGCUGUUGCUCCAUUCUCGGGACUCCGCCGGUUUCCAAACGGACGCGGCUUCAAGCAGUGGACUGGGGACGAUAGUAAGGCGUUGAUGAAAGUUUAUCUCCCGGCAAUCGAAGGUCAUGUACCACCAGACGUUGUACGCACGUUCCGUGCGUUUCUCGAAUUCUGUUACCUUGUCCGGCGCGACAUCCACAGCGAGGAAACGAUCCGCGAAGUGGAAGGCGCUCUCAAACGCUUUCACCAGUACCGGGGCAUCUUCAAAACGGUCGGCGUCGCAUCAACGUUAUCACUCCCUCGGCAGCACUCCCUCACCCAUUACGCGCUGAUGAUCCGGCUGUUUGGCGCCCCUAACGGACUCUGCUCCUCGAUCACAGAGUCGAAGCAUAUCAAGGCCGUGAAGGAGCCUUGGAGGCGUUCGAAUCAUUUCAACGCCCUCUUCCAGAUGCUACUCAUCAACCAGAGGUUAGACAAGCUUGCAGCAUGCCGCGUCGACUUUGAAGCUCGGGGCAUGCUGACGGAUGUACUCACUUCAUCCCAGCUCGAGACGCUGGCAAACUAUAGUUCACUCUUUGGGACCAGCCAGGAUAGCAACGGCACGGCCCUUUGCUGGCGAGGACAGGAAUCGCAACGUGUCGACGAGGAUCCGGGUGAUCCCGUUGACGGGAGAAUCGAUGCGAAGGUCAUGUUAGCGGCUACUAAAGCUCGUGGCCGCGCCAAGACGAUUCCGGCCCUUGCUGACGAACUCGAGCUGCCUGUGGACGAUCUCCUUCGCGCAGUCCGUCUCUUUCUGUACGACCAAUAUCGCCCGGCAUCAGACAGCAAUGCGUCUGCCGACAUCUCACCCGCCGACUAUCCCGCCUUCAACCCCAGCUCAACCAUCCACAUGUUCAACUCCGCAGUCACUGUAUUCCGCGCGCCUAGCGACUUCAGCGGGACCACCGGGAUGCGCCGCGAGCUCAUCCGUUCAACGCUACUCUGGAGGACUGAGGCUCCACGGCACGACUGUGCAUUCGUCUCAACCAAUCCAGACGUGAGCGGCAUGCUCGGAAUGGAGGUCGCCCGCAUAUUUGGCUUCCUAUCCUUCGAUUACCAGUCUCGCACGUUCUCGUGCGCCCUGGUACAGUGGUACUCUCGUUUAUCUGACAACCGCGACGAAGACACCGGGAUGUAUAUGGUACGACCAGACGUGCACGAUGAUGGGUUGCGCAGCCUAGCCUUUGUGCCUGUCGGUUCAUUGGUUCGAUCGGCCCAUCUCAUACCCUACUACGGCGACAAACCCAUCCCCCGCAAUCUCAAGCAUUAUCAAUCGUACGACAACUUCUCGGUUUUCUACGUCAACCGCUAUGCCGACCAUCAUUCAUUCGAAAUUGCAUGA